AUGUCGUCGACCACCCAAGACGCAGCCUCGCUGCAAUACACUUGCAACACCUGUCUCGUUGCCUUCCAACGCAGCGAUGUUCAGAGAGAUCACAUGCGCAAAGACUGGCAUUUAUACAACAUGAAGCGUCGCAUCGCCUCUCUGCCACCUGUCACUCUCGAAACCUUCAACGAGAAAGUUCUGGCCGCCAAAGCUACAUCCAAUGAGGCCGCUGCCAAAGCUUCGUACGAAAAUACAUGCCACACUUGCAAUAAGGCAUUCUACAGCGAAAACUCGUACAAGAAUCACUUGAACAGCUCGAAGCACAAGCAACGUGCGGCCAGCCUACGUAAGGAUGGCGAUGCUGCCUCCGUACAAAGUUCCGCUUUCUCUCUCGGCGAGCCCGUGACCAAAUCGGGCGAUGACGUCAGCAAGGUCACCGAGGACCUGAAGGCUGCCACCAUUGACGAAGAAGAAGAUGAGGAUAUGGAAAGUGAUAUCAAGAAGGACGAGUUCUUGGCGACUCGCUGUCUCUUCUGCAAAACUGAAUCAUCUGAUAUUCACACCAACGUGGACCACAUGCGGAUAGAGCACGGCAUGUUUAUCCCCGAACAAAAAUAUUUGUCGGAUCUCGAUGGCCUCGUGCAUUAUCUCUACCGAAAAAUCACCGAAAACUUCGAAUGUCUUUACUGUCACGCUAUGAAGAAUGACGCACAAGCCAUCCAAACCCACAUGCGCGACAAGAGCCACUGCAUGAUUGCCUUCGAGUCCGAAGAAGAACAAGUUGAAAUCGGCCAAUACUACGAUUUCCGAAGCACCUACUCCGAAGAUGAAGACGAAUCCACUGCCGGGAGCGGUGGCGUCAAGGUGCACGGAGAUGGAGAUGAAGGCUGGGAAACCGACAGUUCUGCAUCCUCCGUCGACGAGGACGAUCUUGACUCAUAUCGAAACGCCUCAGGUGCCUACGAGGCAGACUACGAGCUCCACCUUCCAUCUGGAAAGAGUGUCGGUCAUCGUUCGCUUGCCAAAUAUUACCGACAAAACCUGCACAAAUACCCCUCAGCCGCCGAACGAGCUGCCCGCCAGCUUGCCAUUGCGAAUGGAGAAAUCGAGGAGGAACCUCCCCGCGGCCGCACCAACCAUCACCGCUCUCUUAUCACUCGUGCCAACGGUGGCAUGGGCAUGAUUGGAGUUACCGACGAACAAAAAGAAGCUGCUCUUACUGCCGAGCGCCGCGAGAGGACUCGUGCCCUUCGCCAAGAGAACCGCUACGUUGCCCGCGUUCAAAAAGCCAACAAUCACCAGAAGCACUUCAGGGACCCUCUUCUGCAAUGA